AUGACAGGCUCCAGGCGGGGUACGAGCGUCCACGGCGGUGCCGGUGGCCACAACAUCCGGGUGUCGUACGCCUCCAACGGCCUCGGCUCUGGCUUCGACCUGGCGGAGGCGCUCGGAGGAGGAGGAGGAGGAGGAGGAGGCGGUGGGAACAGCUUCGACAUCUCAGGCAGCAAGAAGGCGACCAUGCAAAACCUCAACGACCGCCUGGCCACCUACCUGGAGAAGGUGCGCACCCUGGAGUCCGCCAACACCAAGCUGGAGCUCCAAAUCCGCGAGUGGUACGAUAAGCAGACCCCCAGCGUCCGGGACUACAGCAAGUACCAGGCGGUCAUCGAAGACCUGCGCAAUAAGAUCAACAUUGCCACACAGGACAAUGCCAGGCUGAUGCUUCAGAUUGACAAUGCCAGACUGGCAGCAGAGGAUUUCAGGAUCAAGUUUGAGAAUGAGAUGGCACUGCGCAUGUCGGUGGAGGCAGACAUUGCCGGUCUGCGUAAGGUUCUGGAUGAACUGACCAUUGCCCGGUCUGAUCUGGAGAUGCAGGUGGAGGGCCUGAAGGAGGAGCUGGUCUACCUGAGGAAGAACCACGAAGAGGAGAUGGCAGCCAUGCGUGGACAAGUGAAUUCCAGCUCUGUCAACGUGGAGGUGGACGCCAAGCCUCAGGUGGACAUGGCCGCCACCAUGGACCAGAUCAGAGCUCAGUACGAGGGCAUCGCUGAAAAGAACCGCCGCGAAAUGGAUGCGUGGUACAAGGCCAAGUUUGAUGAACUGAACAAGCAGGUAGCAUCCAGUACAGAGACCCUCCAGACCUCCCGAAGUGAGAUCAACGAGCUCAAGAGGACCCUGCAGGGCCUGCAGAUUGAGCUGCAGUCCCAGCUCAGCCUGAAAUCUGCCAUGGAGGGCCAGCUGGCAGAGACAGAGUCCCGCUACAGCAUGCAGCUGGGCCAGCUCCAGGCCACGGUCAACACCCUGGAGGAAGAGCUCAAGAAUAUGAAGGUGGACAUCGAGAGGCAGGCCAAUGAAUACCAGGUGCUGUUCGAUAUCAAGACCAGGCUGGAGAUGGAGAUCGCCGAGUACAGAAGACUGCUGGAUGGAGAAGAGUAA